AUGGCCUCGACCAAGCAGCGCGCCCUCGACGACGCCCAACACGCCCAGGCCGCCGCCGUCCAGCUCUGCCGCCGCACCAAACAGCCUCUUCCUCCUUAUCGUCUCACCGAGCUCAUUGGCAAAGGCUCCUUUGGACGUGUCUACAAGGCCACCACCACCGACUACCAGCUCGUCGCUGUGAAAGUCAUCAACAUCGAGCACGGCGACAGCCUCGCGCCCGGCCUCGCCGACACGCUCGCCGACCUGCACGCCGAGAUCCGCGCGCUGCAGGCCCUCCAAGGCGGCGUCAAUGCCCCCCGCAGCAUCAACCGUGUUGUCGAGGCGCUGCUCGUCGGCCCCGCCGUGUGGCUCGUCCUCGAGUACUGCGCGGGCGGGAGCGUCGCGACGCUCAUGCGGCCCUCGCGGCCGCGCGGUCUGCAUGAGAAGUGGAUCGUGCCGAUCCUGCGGGAGACGGCCGCGGCGCUGAGCUGGGUGCACGCGCAGGGAAUCAUCCACCGCGACGUCAAGGCGGCGAAUGUGCUGGUGGGCGAGGGCGGCGGCAGGGUGCAGCUGUGCGAUUUCGGCGUGGCGGCGACGCUGCGCGGCAGAGGCGACAGGCGCACGACGGUCGUGGGCACGGCGCACUGGAUGGCGCCCGAGCUGCUGGGCAGCGGCAGCCGCGGCGUGGCGGCAUCGUAUGGGAGCGAGGUCGACGUGUGGGCGUUUGGCGCGCUGGCAUACGAGCUGGCCAUGGGCCACCCGCCGAAUGCCGCGCUGGGGAUGGUCGGACUGGCGAGACUGGGUCGGCAGUUGCAGACGCAGAGCCCGAGGCUGGAGGGCGAGGAGUUUUCCGAGGGUAUUCGGGACCUGGUGGCGUGCUGCCUGCAGCGCGAGCCGGAGCGGCGUCCGACCAUGGCAGCGGUGCAGGACCACGGCUACAUUGCCGCCGCCGCGACGGAGGAGAAGUAUCCGACAGAGACGCUCGCGCAGCUGGUGCGCGCGUUCCGCAUCUGGGAGGCACAGGGCGGGGAUCGUCGGUCCUUGUUCGCCGAGGGCGGUGCUGCAGUGAUGCAGGACGACGAUGACGCGGCAGAAGAUGCGAUGCAAGAAGACUGGAACUUUAGCACGGCGUUUGAGAUGCAUGAAGCUGAUGUUCUGGAUGCUUCUGAUGUCGCGAAUCUGUCCGUCGCAUACGGAAUCGGCGCGGACAGCCAAGAAACGCAGCAGCCACGUUCUGCAUCUCGACAACAACGACGACGACGACAGCCGCGACGGCACAUGGCUGUCAAGCCCCCCCUCGAAAAGGUCUUCGACUCCAACACGCUCUCCAACUACGACGACUACUCGCGGCAGUACUACACCAAGUUCCUGCCCGAGCCGGUGCAGCGGGCGCUUCUGCAAAACGGCGUCACCGGGCCGCAGACUGACCGCGAAUCUCUAAUUGACCUGGACGUGUGCGUGGUUGACGGCAGCAGCAGCAGCAGCGACUCUGUGUCCAGUUCUGUCGACAUGGGCACCGUUCGGCCUGCCGUGGCGACGAGGGGAUGGAAAAGAGAGCAAGUGUCGCUUUCGCUGCGAUUGGGCGGCACAAAGCGCGCGACGCAGGAAUGGAGGUUUCCCGUCAUGUUCCCGCAACCCGCCCCCGAGGAGCCGGAUCAUUUUCCUUCUCGGCUCGAGGAAAUACACGAGUCUUCGAUUUCGGAUAUUUCCGAUAGUCGCUCAGAGUCGGCGGAUGGCUUAAUCGACCUGGACAUGAGUACUAUUCUGCCCAGUACUGUGCGGCGCCACCAGCGAGAGGAGAGGCAACGUACGCAAGAGCCGCCGCCGCUGCCAUCUGCGCCGCUGCCACAGGUCAUUAUGGGACAGGCAGCUGAUGAGCAGGUGAAGGAUGAGCUGCAUAGAAUGACGGCUAGUUUGGCCGACCACUUGCGCUACGCCACGGCUUAUCUGGCCGAUCUGCCGAUCCGCCGAAUACAUGUAGCUGCAUCGGGAUGA